UAAACCUUAGAGCGCAACUUGUUGCUAUGUAUAAUAAAAAGUAACGACGCCUCCCCUUGCGCUCUUGAGAAUUUUGACUAUUGAAUCGUUAAAAAACUGGAGACCUUCAGUUAAAGACUGCCAAAUCACAUUUCCUGAUCUGCAAUUAACCUGUGAGGAUGCCUUGCACCAAGGGGCUGCCUUUGUUAGGGGGCCACGCCGCUCCCCAGCCCUUGAUUCCCGUCGAGCUUGCCAUGAUGAAGCUGUGCUUGAACCACAGGCCGCCGUUGGGCCAACUGCUGGAUGUCUCUUCGCCCUCUGUCAACCUGCGCUGCUUCCGAUCGGCUCUCAAGCAGCUCCCGCCACCCGGCUCUGACCCGGCACCCCCGCGCAGAAGCCGGAAGCUAGCUCAGCGAAGCUGCAGCGAUGACUGCGCCAGCGCCGGGAAAAAGCGCGUGGCGUUUGCGGAUUCCAAAGGCCUCUCGCUCACUGCGGUGUGCUUCUUCACCGACAAAGACGAGUGCCCAUCCCCCGAACCCGUGUUGAGGUUGGAAGCGCUGGGAGUACCAGUGGAAGGUACGUGCGCUGGCAAGAGUCCACGGCUGGGUUUCCCCCUGCCUUCGGCUGACUUCCAGACCUUCCGCGCUAGGCUGCAAGAGGGCCUGGUGCUGCUGGAGAGCUGCAGUGUGACGGAGCGAGCCCUCAGCGGCACCGUGCGCGUAAAGAACGUGAGCUAUCAGAAAGACGUGCGGCUCCGCGUCACCUUCGACUCGUGGCGCAGCCAUCAUAAUGUGCCCUGCACCUACAUGCACCAAAGCUACGGUGCCCCUGACACAGAUGCCUUUGCCUUUGACGUUCCUCUCCCCAGGGACCUAGACCCCCGGGAGCGGAUUGAGUUCUGCAUAUCGUACCAGCCAGGAGGGUACAGCACCCCUCUGUGGGACAACAACAUGGGACAGAACUAUUCCAUCCUCACUGAGCCUGAAGCUACAGCCAGGUCACACCGGCCCCCGUUCGCUGUGGCGUCACACAACAGGGACCUGUGGGUUCCGCAGCUCUGGGGCAGGCAGCAUGGUCCGGAGAGCAGAGCGCUCCAUCGCUCAGCCAGUUGCUCUGAGAUCUUGUUGAACCAAAGCUCGGGCACUCUCGAGAAUUGCGCCCCCUUCUGGUGAUGAGGAUGACCCAUCGGUCCACCUCCAGUAGCCUCACACAAGGCCGGAGACGCACGCCGCCCUGGGCUGAAUUCACUCGGCUGCAUGCAGAUGAUUAACAUAUCCAGCAGAGCUGGGGUUUGCUCACAGCCUGCGGUAAUAAAUCACUGGAGCUAUUGAGAUUUCUUAUGUAAUGUUCGGUCUCUGAAAGUUCAGGUGAUAUUUCAAAGCUGUCUCUUAAAAUGAAAAUAAUUGUAGCACGGUUAGUAAUUGCAAUGUAAUAUUUGCUAUUGCACAAGAUGCCGCCGCAGCCUUUAGUUACAGUACUUCUUUUGUUUGAAAUGGAGCAAUGUUAAAAUCUGAUGAAACGCUGUGAUAAAAUACUACUGUGGCUAAACUCUAAAGGUUCUUCCCUUUUUUGUAAAUAAGUUACUUCACCGCAUUGUAAUCAGUUCAUGUACAGUUAUCUGGUCAUAUGGGGUUUUUAUCUACUGGCCACGGGAAUUAAGGUCUGUUAAUGUCCAGUUGCUUAUCUAUCAUUGAUUUCAUUGUCUUAUCAUUACUAUUUAUUGGGAGAAUGCACAUUAUUUCCUGAGGUUUAACUGCUCAUUCACACCUCUGCUUUUGUGUUCAUUCCUCAAACUCGUCAUAAACAUUGCAAGUCUUUGUAAAUCAGAGAUAGGAAUUGAUUGGUUUAAUCAAUCUUAUUGACACUCUGCACAAAAGGAUAAUAAAGCAAGGUGUCCUGUAGGCUAAGCUCCGCAGGCUCAAAACUAGUCUUUAUAUCAGCCACUCCUUUUGAGGGCGAUUUUAAAGAAUUGUUAUUUAUUUGCCUGAUGUUCAGUUGGGCAUUGGCUGCCUGGACACAUUCCUAUUCAGCAAGGUAUUUUUAUAUGGUAUUAACAGCUCAUUGUAUGGUUUGUAUUCAUUUAGGAAUAUAAAUAACUGUACAGGUGCAGCGGUGUUUGCAAUGCAGGAUGUGAAAGAUUUCAGAAUGCUGUAAUAGUUUGUACAAAUAAACUUCGGUACUUUAUUCACUGAGCAACAGCUACAAGGGAUAUAAAGCCUUUUCUAUGCAUGAAUUGUGCAGGUGUGUGUCAUCUUCUGUUUGUUCAUCGACAUGUUUAUUGAACAAACCAGUUCGAAAUGUAUAGAUGCACACAUUGGAACAAAAAGCACAUUUGUGCUGUUUUGCAUUUGAAUACAGGGCUCUUGUAAUGGAAUGGAUGUUAUAUUAAAUGUUAUGUGUGGUUUGUA